AUGGCGGUAAACAGUGCCACGUCUUUCGUGUUAUCGUCUAUUUUGGCCCUGCUCAUAUUUUCUGGAAUGCAAAUGUACAAACCUCUUUUAAUUAGGUCUCCAAUGACUAUAAUACUAGGAGGUUACUUAGGUUCACUAAUGUUCAUGUUCUUCGUUACGGCAAUUGGUAACCUGGAAGCAACAUUGUUUGGUAAGAAUUUCCAGCUGAAGUUGCCAGAAAUAAUCUUGUCUAUGGCAAUAUCCUUAAUUGCUGCUGGUAUGGUCCACAGGAUUUGUUUUACUACAUGUUUGAUAUUUUCAAUUAUCACAAUCUACUAUAUGAACAAGCUCUCACAAAAAGCUUAUGUUACUGCAGCUCCUGCUGCUGCACCUAUCAAGAGUCGACGCCACAAAUAG